AUUUAUAGUGUAGCCUACCGUUUCAACAGAGGGCUUUUAAUCCUGUAAGUAGAUACAAUGUCUUCGUUAAAUGCCAUUUUUAAUCGAUACAUGCUCAAUAGACCAUUACAAAUAACAAAUUUUGCUACAUGUUUGAAUUGUUCCAAAAGGAAUUGGCAGCGCGUGCGGCAACGAGGACAACAACAAGUCUUGGAUACAAGAACGAUGUCAACUUCUGCAAAUCGUCAAGAGUUUCUAUUUAGACAGUUGAUAGAGUAUAAAUCAUUCACAUACACAUACCUGUUAGCUGACCUGCAGACAAAAGAGGCAAUACUAAUAGACCCAGUUAUAGAGACAGUGGACAGAGAUGCAAAGCUUAUCACAGACUUGGGUCUUAAACUUAAGAUAUGGAGGUACACAAUUAAUGUUUCAGUGAACACCCAUGUACAUGCUGACCACAUCACUGGAACAGGUAAACUGAAGGAAAAGUUCAAAGAUUGUCAAAGUGUGAUAAGUAAAGCUGGUGAGGCGAAAGCUGAUAUUCAUUUGAAUGAAGGAGAUAAAAUAGAGUUUGGAAAGUUUAAGUUGGAGGCAAGAAGUACACCAGGUCAUACAAAUGGAUGUAUGUCAUUUGUAUGGCAUGAGAAAGAAAUGGUUUUUACAGGAGAUGCUUUACUCAUAAGGGGAUGUGGAAGGACAGAUUUCCAACAAGGUAACUCAGGCACACUGUAUAACUCUGUCCAUCAACAAAUUCUCAGUCUACCUUCAAACUUCCGUGUAUACCCGGCUCAUGAUUACACAGGUCAGACUAUGUCCACAGUUGGUGAGGAAAAACAGUUCAACCCUAGAUUAUCAAAACCAAAAGAGGAAUUCAUCAAAAUUAUGAAAGAACUGCAACUUCCAUAUCCAAAACAAAUUGACAAAGCAUUGCCUGCUAACCUUGUGUGUGGUAUUCAGCCAUGAAGAUGGUUGUAUUUCAAGUUUCUGUGAUAAACCCAACCUUGGACAGAUGGCUUACCCCUAAAAUUCUCCUGAUAGAGACUAGUUUUAUCUAUGUGCUAUUGUAUAUAUAAUAUAUAUUCUCAAAAGUUGUGAGCAUUUUUUACAAGUGUUUACAAGGAAAAAAUAACGAAAAAGGAGAUGGUCAAUUUUAGCAGCUUAUAUGCUGCAAAGGAUCCAAACUAUAUUUCAUAGAACUUAACAAUAUCUGUGACAGAAGCAAAGUGUUAUAUUUUAAUUAACAACAAUGGUAAUUUCAAAAGAAUCUUGUCUAUUUUUGUACAGUUAUUACUUUUUGUGUUUUUUGUUUAUCUAUUAUAAUUGAAAAGUUAAUAUUUUAUCCGUAUUAACAGAACACAUCAUCACUUUAGUGCAUUAAUGGGUUAAGUCCUUUUAAAUUUAAAUGGAAGUAAACCAGUUAUUGCCCUAAAGUACAUAUUACGGGCUGUUAAAUGAUGAGUAGGUUUUAUUUUUGGUGCCAUAUACAACUUUUUUUACUACACUCAUCAAUGUAACAGUGUAUUUUAAUGUCUUAAAAACAAGGAUACAAUGUCAAAUAUUGAUUUAUUUAAUUUCAUUGUUUUGUUGUUGUUUUAUUCUGGAAAUUUGGUAAUAUCAAUAGUGUUUACAGAGACAAUAAAUCUUUAUCAACUUGUACAUUUCUUUGUAUAUAUUAUUAUUUUAAGCAGAUUAUUUUUUGGUGAUUGUUAUUUUUAUAUAUAUUUUCAAAGUCAAGUCAAAUAUAUGUUUAUACACACCCACAUUCCACUCAACUUAGUUUAGGAACAGCCAUUUGAUCAAUUCUUUUAGUCUGUUCACGUUCUUGCUUUUGUCUGUUAAUGGCUGCCAUAUAAUGGCACCUGAGGUCUCCCCUUAAUAUAAACAUCCAGCUAGUUUCACAAGAGAAGUGGUCCUUCUUAGACACCCAUUUUUACCAGAAUUUAGCACGGAUGCCACCUGUUAUUUUCUUCCACCUUUAAACCCAUAUCCCUAGUGUGUUGGUGUGACUUUUAACAUUACAAAAAACCUAUGAAUUUUGGAAUGCAUGCAAUUGUUGUUUUUUUAAGUCAAAUAAGAUGGCAUUUUUAGUCAUUGACCAUUACAUUCAUAUUUAUUUACAUGCUUUUAGUGCAUGUUUUAUACAAUAUACAUGUACUUUCUUAAAUGUCAUGGAUGACAGUUUUCAUUUAUAAAAUAAUUGAUUUACCUCAAAGCUUGUUGAACCUUGCCACACACAAUUUACUACUGACAUAAUUAUCUCCUGCCAAUAAAAGAGGGAUAUUGUUGUCUGUCUGUUUGUCUUUAUUUUUAGAUAUUUUGAAUAUGUAGUCUUCAAAAUUAAAGAUUUAAUAUAUGUCAAAUUCUAAUUUUAUUCUUCAUAUGAUAAUAAAAAUAUAUAAAACACAUAUACAAUAACUAGUACAAUUAAUUGAACAAGAAUCAUCAAUUUAUACAUAUUUAGAUGUGUUUGCAUUAUUCCUGAUGUAUCAUUAUGUCAUCAAUAAUUAAAGAUACCCAUGAGCUUGCAA